AUGCGGGAGCUGCGCUCGUCCGCCUUCUGGAGGGCCGUCCUGGCCGAGUUCCUGGGCAGCCUCCUCUAUGCCCUGCUGGGGCUGGGGGCCUCCCUGCGCUGGGCCCCGGGGCCCCCCAGCGUCGUGGGGGCCGCCCUGGCCUUCGGGCUGGCCCAGACCACCCUGGUGCAGGCGCUGGGCCAUGUCAGCGGGGGCCACGUCAACCCGGCCAUCACGCUGGCCUUCCUGAUGGCCUCGCAGCUCUCCUUGCCCCGUGCCCUGGGCUACCUGCUGGCCCAGGUGCUGGGCAUGCUGGCCGGAGCCGGGGUGCUCUACGGGGUGACCCCGGGCCCCGUCCGUGGCACUCUCGGCCUCAGUGCGCUGCACCCCGGCGUGGGCCCGGGCCAGGGCACGGUGGUGGAGCUGCUCCUGACCGCCCAGUUCGUCCUCUGCGUCUUCGCCAGCUUCGACGACCGUCACGACGGGCGCCCGGCCAUGGCCGCCGUGCCCGUCGGCUUCUCCCUCGCCCUCGGCCACCUGUUCGGGAUCCACUACACGGGUGCCAGCAUGAACCCCGCUCGCUCCUUCGCCCCCGCCGUCAUCACCCGCAACUUCGCCAACCACUGGGUGUACUGGGCAGGCCCGCUGCUGGGCGCGGCGCUGGGCGCGGUGCUGUACGAGUUCGCGCUGUGCCCGCGGCCGCGCAGCCUGGCCGAGCGCCUGGCCGCCCUCAAGGGAGAGCCGCCCGCCCCCACCGCCGUCACCGCCGUCACCGCCGUCACCGCCGCCGCCGCCGCCGAGCCGCCGCCCGAGCCGCCGGCAGAGCCGCUGGAGCUGAAGACGCAGGGGCUGUAACGGGGCCCGUCCCGGGGCGCGGCCCCGCGCCCGCCGCUGCUUUGCUGUGACGGGGCCGCCGCGGUGCGUGUGGUGCGUGUGUGUGCGGCGCGGCGC